AAAAAAAAAAACAGUCGAACAACAACAACAUCAAAAAAAGGAAAAAAAACAAAAAAUCUGAAACGGAAGCUCCCUUGUACAGACAAGGAUGAGAUUUCUAUCUUUCCUUUGAUAAAUCCCAAUACCUAAUUCCCAAAUUCCCUUACUUUUAGGCCGCCGAGAUAGAUACGCAUUGAGUUCUCUUUCUUGGAAGAGCCUUGAUUCUCUCGCUUCUUCUUACUAUUUUCUGUUCUGUAUCAUCUAUCGAUCUCUAUCCAGAUUCUCCGGAGGAGCUUUGUGUCUUCUCGUAUAGAUGCUGUAAAGGUUCUUUGUUAGAUGAGGAAACGUGUUCUUGAGCUGUCAAAAGGUAUUAUUUUCUAUGUCUGUGGAGUAUAAUUGUUUACAAGGAGGUGGGCUAUAAAGGGGCUUGAUUUUGGAGUUAUGGUUUUAGUGGUGUUUUGAAGAAAAACUCAAUUCUUUGGUUGCUUUUGGAUUUGAUGGGUAAAGAGAAUCAGUUGGAGACUAAUAACUGUGGAGUCAGUGAUCACGGUUCUCCACCUAUCAAGAACGAAGAACAUGAGGCACCACGUUACAGUUCAGACAAAGACACGGGUUUACCAACUUGCCGUGUGUGCCAAUGUUCAGAAUCCGAUAGAAGAGGAGACGCUGCUUUAGGGUUUUUGGGUAUCACUCCUCCAGUUUCAGAUCCUUGUAAAAGCAAUGCUGGUGAAGAAACCGUUGUUGAUCAGAAAAGCUCGGUUGUCAAACCCAGUGGAUUCAUAGAACUGAUAAGUCCCGAUGGAGAAGUUUUCGUUUGCUCAAACGACGAUAUUGAAAUGGGUGCGUGGCAGCAUCGAGAUACGUUGCUAGAACUCGGAUGUUCUUGCAAAAACGAUCUUGCUUUGGUACACUACGCUUGUGCAUUGAAAUGGUUCGUCAACCACGGAUCAACUGUUUGUGAAAUAUGCGGUAAAACCGCAGAGAAUAUAAGAACAGUUGAUUUCAACAAAGUGGUAAUCUCCUUGAAAGAUUACGCAGCGCUAAGAGAAAGAACAGCUGAUGGAGAUCCGAAUCCUGUAGCGGUUAAUAACAACACGAGUUCUUCAGGGAUUGAUCCUGAUGCAGUUGCAGCCAUUCGAAGGCAACGGCUUAGUGAGAUUUCGUUAUGGUUUGGUCCUCAUUGUUCUAACAACAACAACAACAAUAGUAGUAAUUCUGCUGCUGCAGGGGCGGGUCCUUCUCAGGUUACAUCUGAACAACCUUUGGGUGUAGUAAACUUUGAUAUCUUGCCUAUGGAAAGCCGUGCGACCAAAUGGGCGGUUGAAGGUACCGGAAUACUACUCGCUACUGGAUUACUCACAGUUACUUUGGCUUGGCUCAUUGCUCCUCGUGUUGGAAAGAGAACUGCAAAGAGUGGACUUCACAUACUUCUCGGUGGUCUCUGUGCUUUAACAGUAGUCAUCUUCUUCAGAUUCGUUGUGCUGACAAGAAUCAGGUACGGACCAGCACGGUACUGGGCAAUCUUGUUCGUUUUCUGGUUUCUUGUGUUUGGCAUUUGGGCUUCACGUUCACACGCUUCUCACUCCUCCACAUGAUAAAUUAUUCAUCAUCCUUAUCCUCGUGUUACUUACUACUCUUUUUUGGUCUCUGUCAAUAUCAUUUACGUUAUUUCUCUUUUGAGACACAAAAUGUACAAUUAAUUACUCUUAUCAAAAAAGACUGAAAAGAAAGAAGAAAGCAAACUGAAUGAAGAUGGUAUUUUAGCAAAAACUUCCCAUCCCACAAGGCCACAACCAUGUUGUUGUCUUGCAUCCCGUAUGUUAUUGUUUUCUGGUUAAAAGAAAUUGUAAUUAUGAUAAUGAUACUCUUAGUCCUGAAUCUUUAUUUACUCAAUCUUUUAUUUUCGUGUGUGAUUGUGUUUGCAUUUGUAAUUUUCAAAGUAAGUUUAAUUGAGGACAAAAAACAGUCAAAAUACUGUGUUCUACUUUGAAGAUAAACUAGAAUAUAUAUUUUAAGUUUUAACUGACAAACACAAAUUAUUGUGUUUGGAACUAUUAUAGACUCUUUGUCUAAAAACAAGAAAUGGACUUUAAAGUCUUGAGCAUUUGUUGGAUAGCAAAAGAAAGAAUGGCCGAUAUAGAGUCGUUAGUUAGUGUAUAAGAUAAAAACGCGUUAAAUUGGAAUUUAGCUGGGUGAGUUGAAUCCGACACUCCAUUCUAUUCCUGUAUCUCUAUAAAUACCAUGAAUUCAUGGAAUGUAAUUAUGCAACAAAGAAAAUCAAGUUAAAAAUGGCUAAAGAGAAACCAUAUGUAAUUGUUCUUCUUUUAUCUUUGCUUCUAUGUCUUUCUUCUCAAUUCGGUGUCACGGAGGCCAAACGCUACCCCCACCCACUCCCUAUCAGGGUUCCAAAUUCUGGAUACGCUAAUGAGUUUCCGGCUAGUCCACCACCACCCAUAAGUAUACCGCCGCCGGCUAGGGGUACACCGCACUCAAAAUCUCCCAAAGGAAAAGGCCCAUAAGUAAGAGAAGAAAGUCUACAAGAAUACGAGGGGGAAGUUGAAGAAACAAAUAUAUAAGGAGACGUACUAGAAGAGUCAAAAACUUUAUUGUUGUGUAAUUGUUACAAGUCACUCACAUAUGGACUUGCUUAGAAUAUAAAUCUACUGUUAUGAACUUCAAGUAUUAGUCUAUUUCAAUGUUGUUGUCAAAUCUUUCAAAUUUGUAUUUUAGUUACAUAUGCCUAAAAAAAAGAUCAGAUUUUGGUCAA